UAUGUAAUCUUUUUGAUAUUUUGAAAGUUUAUGGCAUAGAUUAUUAAUUGAUUUUCACCAGUAGAAUAAAUAGUAAAAAUAGAAUUUAGCUAUUUAAAACUAUCAAAUUUAACUCCAAGACACCAUUAUGUGCGUAGCGAGAGCAGAAUAAAAAUGGCAAAUAGUUCGAAAAGUAAUUUAUUAGAAGCUUUAAAGACGCAUAUUAAAUCAGAUACAGCAGAUUCAAUUUCAAAUGAUGAUAGUUUCAUAGUAAAUGCAGAUGAAUCGUUAUGGCCCAGUUUAUUUGGUUGUUAUUUUAUGGGAAUUUCUUCAGAAGAUAGUGACAACAGGAAUGAAACUGCAGAAAAUCAACAAAAUGAUGAUGACAUGUUGUUUUAUGUUCAAUCCAAGUAUAAUCAAUCUGGAAAUGAAAUAAAAGUUUUCAGAAAGACAUCAAAAAAUUUACCUGGGUUAGGUGAUCCACACAUAAAUUGGAUGGAAAGUGUUUACUUGAACAUGAUAAUGCAUGAUAUGGAGUACACUUUAACAUGUGCAAUUUGCACCCGUCUUCCCACCAAUGAUUUAAAAGUUUUGUAUAAGACAAGUCUUAAAGUGCAUGCAUCACAUCAUAUGAGAAGGAUGGAUAGCAAAGGAGAGAGUUCAGAUCUAUCAUAUCCAAAUAUAUUUUUCAUAAUUGAUAGUUAUGAUGAGGUUUUCGAGUCAAUGUCUAUUGAACAAGAAGAAAUACUUUGUGUUGAACUCUCUGCAAAAUAUAAGGGAACAAAGGAGAACAUUGUAAUAUUUCUUGGAUCAGUUCGUCAUGAGGCUUUGUUGAUGACUUACGAGGCUAAAACAACUAUUGGCACCAAGUUUGCUCAAAAGAUGUCAUGGAUAAAUCUUGGAGGAUCAACAGAUCAUUUUGAAUAUAUUCGGAUGCGAGGACCUUAUGGAAAAGGAUUUGCUGAGAUGAGAAUCGGAUUAUGUAAAAACAAUUUAGUGGAGCACAAUGGUAUAAAUAGACAUAGAAACAAAGAUGUAAACAGUUCUUCUAUCAAUUGUAACUGUCGUUUGAAUGAAAAUAAUCAAAUUUAUGCACCAACUACGGCUAGUCCUGAUAAAUGUAUGAAAUGUGGCAGCUCUAAUAAAAAAACUAACACUAGUAACAAUCUUUUAGCUAAUCCUGUAAAAUGGUUUCAGGGAAGAUCAAAAAUUGAAGUACCAACAUUGAGUCCACAUUUGACUUAUGUCACAUUACCUUGGAGCAGAAUAAUGAAAGAUAUACUGAUAUUAAAACAAAAGCCAGUUUUUAUGAAAGACUGCUAAUGUUGAUAGCUGUUUUUAAUGAAAGAAUGAUAUUAUCGAAACAAUAGCUGGUUUUUGAAAAAAAAAAAGAAGAUAUGAAACAAAUCCUGGUUUUUGCAAAAUUUUGGUUUUUCCGAUGACAAAAUAUUGUGGUUAAGUGGCCAAAGAACAGUUUUCAUGUGGUAAUGCGAUUUUCAUGAAGAUGUGAUAAUAUAACAAAUAAAUUAUUAUAUUAUAAAAUUUUUAAAUAUAUUUUAUAAUUUUUUUUCUUGAUACAAAUUGUAAAUAAAUAUUUUAUUUGUAAUUUAUAAUUUUUGAAUUAUUUUAUGGUCUAAAAAGUAUUUUUUCCAUAGAUAUUUUUCAAAAAUUGUUUUGAUUUAUUUAAAAAUAAUUUCCAUCAAGGUUUCUAUUACUCUCUACAUGAUAUAAAUUUUUUUUUUCAAAAAAUUAGUUCUAAAAGUAUGCAAUGCAAUGCUUACUCAUAAGUUGCUUAAAUUUUUUUUUUUUAUGAAGGGGGUAAGUUUUUUUUUUUAAUGACAAAAAAUUCAAUUCAUUUUUGCAUGUAUACUUACAAUUUUAGUUACAUAUUUGAAAGCAUACAAUGAAUCGUGCAUUACUGCAAGCAUAUAUUACAAUACAUAAUGGGUUUAUUUAUACAUAUUCAAAGUGUAUAUCAGAUCAUAGUGUUAAUUAUUUUAUGUCAAAUUUAAAUUAUAUUUUAUAUUCCAUUAUUACUUUUAUAUAAAAAGUAUAUACUUGAGUGUAUAUGCAAUUGAUUGUUUCAGGUAGAAAACUUUUUUUUACAAUGAUUUUUAUAAUUAAUAGAACAAAGUUUGAAUAAAUUU